GUCACCUUUAGUGGACUUUCUCUAUAAUUAAAAUUUAAAUAAAAGUGAACAAGUGUAUUUUGUGGAAACUACAUUCGAAAAAAAGGAAGAGGGAGAGGAGAGAAAAAAAGGAGGGGUACGAGAACGCAAAAGAGGGAGAAGAGAUGAAAUCUAAAUCCAAAUCCUGAUAGUUGGUGUUGGGGCGAGUGCAACAGUGAAAAACAGUAUAUCGAGAAAGCAAACGGUGGUGGGCAGGCGGCGGUGGCAGUAGCAGUAGUAGAGAGCGGCUGGGAGAUUUUUCUCCCCACCGCUUGGAAAAACUGCCCCCACCAACGUGACAGCGUCGAGUUGGUUUGGUGAAGGGAGGUGAGGCGGCGGAGGGCUGGGGGCAGGGGUCUCGGUGGCUGGGGGCGGCGGCCUCAAAAAUACACCGCAACCACACCGCGCGGCUCCACCGCAGAAGCCGCCACCUUCCACCGCCGAACCGAAACGAGACCGCGCGAGUUAAACACCCUUUCGGAGGUGUUCCUUCCCGCCAGGUGAUAUCCACAGAAGAACAAUAAUCGUCACUUGGUGCACUUCAUCGACAAACAAAAAAUCCCAAAAAAGGAAAACUCAAAAAGUUAAUUUUUCCUCAAAAAGUUCAUUUUUUAUAAAAAAAAAGUUCUUUUUUCGUCAAAAAAUCCUGUCCUGAGUGAAUAAGUGUCAGUGGAAAAGAAUUCUUGUACCGAAAUUACCCCAAAAAAAGGGGCACUUCCUUACUCUUCAGUAAUUUUACCCUAAAUUUAAAUUUUUCACCCUAUUUUUAUUUUUCCCACUAUUCUUUUUGACUACUUUCAUUUUUUUACAGUAUUUUUAUUUUUCAGACCAACUUCCUAUUUUUUACAGUAUUUUUUUUCCUUCCCGUAUUUUAAAAUAUUUCCAAGUGUCAAUUUAAUUUCCCUCCCCCGAAGUUCUGGAACAAACGUCAAGUGCGAAACAAGAGACAAAUUUUGAAUUCUAAUCGAGGUGCGUAGCGAUUGUUUUCGAGAAUCGAGAGUUGCGCGAGUGUUCGCGAAAAUAGUUUUUUUUUUAUUUUGAGAUAAAAAAGAAAAAAAAAUGUGUCUUCUAAAGAGGGAAAAAGAGAAAUCAGAGGGUUGUUACUGACGAGGAGGAUUUCAAUAAAAGGGAAUUUUCUCCGCGACUUGGCAGACGAGAGAAGUAAGAACAAGAAGAAGAAUUUGCAAACGGAUCCUUUCGUUUGGAGAUCCGUCGUCGCGGGAUAAUGAAAUAAGGAUCAAAGAAGGACAAAUUCUCUUCACCCUCUAAAACAUGUGUAUAGCUUUUCUGUAUCAGUGAAAAAAACAAAUCUAAUUUCGAAACCCAAAAUCAAUUUCCCAAUUCUUCAAUUCCAGUAUUUGUGGUGCUUGAAAAUAUUUUCCUUGGGGAAAAAAAAGUCGAAGGAAAAUACGAAACAAAAAGGAAUCAAAAGGGAAAUAAAAAGGUAAAGAAAAGAGAAAAGAAAGGAGAAAAUAUUUUCCUUGGAAAAAAAAACCUGAAGGAAAAUACCGAAACGAAAAGGUAACAAAAAGGUAAAGAAAGGAGAAAAGAAAGAAGAAAAGAAAGGGGGAAAGAAAGAGGAAAAAAAGACGAAAAAAAAGGAAAAACAGAAGACAAAUAAAUUCAGGGAGAAAAAUGAAUUAAUUCCGGAAAAAUAGUGAUUGUUAUUGUUCCAAAAACAAAAAAGAGUGAUUUUCUUUUUUUUCACCCAAAAAAAUUAAAAUAUCGAGAAUGUUAGUGAUUUUCGAAUAAAAAAAGGCAGAUGACGAAUCCAUCGCGAGAUUCACGACCCGAGGAUCAGCCUCUGGGUUUGGACUACAGUGAUCCAAGAUCGACGCACGUCAAUCAUCAUCACGUGCAUCAUGUGAAUAAUGUGAGUCAUCUGAGUGGCUCUCGAAUUCGAAGGACUCGGGGUUCGUCGAGACGGAGAAUGCACUUGGCUGGUGAAGUUCCUCCGCAGAGUUCAACUGGUGGUAAUCACAUAGCCGAAUAUGUGCUCACUGCCGAUAUUCUUGCCGAACGUACGUUGGAUGGUUUGCUCGCCGAACAUCCUGGAGAACUCGUCAGGACAGGUUGUCCUCAUCUUGUUUGCACUGUUCUGCCGUCGCACUGGAGAUCAAAUAAGACAUUACCGGUGGCAUUUAAGGUCGUCGCUCUUGGCGAAGUUGGCGAUGGAACAUUGGUUACAGUGCGUGCUGGUAACGACGAGAACUGUUGUGCUGAACUACGCAAUUCAACUGCCCUGAUGAAGAACCAAGUCGCAAAGUUCAAUGACCUCAGGUUCGUCGGCAGAAGUGGAAGAGGAAAGAGUUUUACGUUAACGAUCAUGCUGCAAACGACGCCACCCCAAAUAGCCACCCUCUCGAAGGCGAUAAAAGUGACUGUCGACGGUCCCCGAGAACCUAGAUCCAAAACAAAUGAUGGAAUUAUGUAUAACACAUCUGUGCAAGCUUAACAGCGACGUGUCAGUGUUACUACUAAACAUUUGCAGAUGCAACAGAAUAGUAUUAUAUAUGUAUAUAACUAAAUUAAAUCAGGCUUUAUGUAACAUUUUUUAGUUUAUUUAAUAUUUUUUGUAUAUACAAUUUUUUAGUAUUAAAUAUAACUGUUAUUUUUUUUGUAUUAACUUCGAUUGAUAUUAUAAUUUAUUUUUUCUUUGUGAACAAGAAAACCCAUGUAUAUUCUUUUUUCAGUAUGUAGUAAAAUAUAAUAAAUUCUGAAAAGAGAACUGGAUCCAGUUCUAAAACGUCAAAUUAAGAAAUUUUUAAUUGACAUGUCCUUUUGGAGAUCGUGAGUAAAUUAUCACGUACUUCUUCGAGGGAUAAAAUUGGUUAAACCUAUUUUCUCUCAUAUUUUAUAGAAAAAUAUUAAAUACGUAUUGUUUUAAUAUUCAAUUAAUAACACUACUGGCCAUGCGUAAUAAUGAUAGAACACUACUGCGCAUGCG